GAUGCACGAGGGCUGACAAAUCAGAUGACUCAAAAUAGGAGAAAGAAGUCCAGCCUCGGAUCUCAGGACCACAGUUUGUGAUCAUGUGAGUCAUCCAAAGAAGAUAUUAAGACAUGGAGGUGCUUCUGUUUUAUGUCUGGAAUCUAUCGAUGGAUGAACCUUGAUGUCAACAUGAGGUCAAAGAAACCGUAACCGUUUUGUUCCAGUCACCUGACUUCUGUCAGCAUGCCAACACUGCAUAGAUGAUUCACUCUUUAAAUAGACAGUGGGAACUAACAGGGUCUAAUGAUGUAGCAGCUACAGGUGACUUACAUGUAGCCUAUGAUUCAAGACAGUCCAACUACAGUCAGUAUGGAAGUGCAGACAACCUCUCUGGUCUGGAUAUACGUUAACAGUACAGAACAACUGAACACUUCAUAUGAGUACAACACAACCGAUUUGAUCGAAGACUCAGACAAAUACCAAUCUUACAUUAUUGGUCUCUUCCUGUCCUGCCUGUACACCAUCCUCCUCUUUCCUAUUGGAUUUAUUGGUAACAUCUUAAUCCUGGUGGUGAACCUGAACCACAGAGAGAAGAUGACCAUUCCCGACCUUUACUUUGUCAACCUGGCUGUAGCUGACCUCAUCCUGGUGGCAGAUUCCCUCAUCGAGGUCUUCAAUCUGAACGAGAAGUAUUAUGACUACGCUGUCCUCUGCACCUUCAUGUCCCUGUUCCUGCAGGUCAACAUGUACAGCAGCAUCUUCUUCCUCACAUGGAUGAGCUUUGACCGAUACAUUGCCUUGGCUAGCUCCAUUAGCAGCAGCCCGCUGAGGACUAUGCAGCACGCCAAGCUCAGCUGUGGCCUCAUCUGGAUGGCUUCCAUCCUGGCCACCCUUCUCCCCUUCACCAUUGUGCAGACCCAGCACAGAGGUGAAGUGCACUUCUGCUUUGCCAACGUCUUUGAGAUUCAGUGGCUGGAGGUCACCAUUGGCUUUUUGGUGCCCUUCUCCAUUAUUGGUCUAUGCUACUCUUUGAUUGGACGAAUCCUCAUGAGGGCCCAGAAGCACCGUGGAUUGUGGCCACGGCGGCAGAAGGCGCUGCGCAUGAUUGUGGUGGUGGUUCUGGUGUUCUUCAUCUGCUGGCUGCCAGAGAACGUCUUCAUCAGCAUCCAGCUGCUGCAGGGCACAGCUGACCCAUCGCAGAGGACUGAUACCACCCUGUGGCAUGACUACCCGCUCACAGGCCACAUUGUUAACCUGGCAGCUUUCUCCAACAGCUGCCUCAACCCCAUUAUCUACAGCUUUCUAGGAGAAACCUUCAGGGACAAGCUGCGUCUCUUCAUUAAGCAGAAGGCCAGCUGGUCAGUAGUGAACCGCUUCUGCCACCACGGCCUCGAUUUACGCCUCCCUGUCAGGAGCGAAGUGUCCGAGGUGUGACUGUUUAGAAGAGGGACAUUUGUUAUGAAACACAGAAUAUGCUAAAAACUCUUCAUAUCAUAGUGAUAUAUCACCCAGAGUGAAAUAUUACCUCAGCUUUCUUUGUCCGUUGUUUAUCUUUGCCUCAUAGUAAAUGUCUCAGUUAACCUGCUCACUUUCUGAACAAAAACACAAAAGCACCAAGAAUGUACACUCAAAGAAGGAUGAAAAUGACUCAAUGAGUGCAUCCCUUUAUGUAGAUAACAAUGCACAUACAGUACUUAAAGCUAUUUUCAUGUUUAUCUACAUGUUGGAUUGUCUUUAAGUGCAUGUGGUGUGUUUUUUCUUCAAAAAGUUAGCUGGGCAGAAAGGCAGUAAAUGAAACGCAGUAAAAUAUCAGUUGCUACACUUUUUAAGUACAGCUAGGUGGCAAAGACAAUGAAAAAUUUAUUGUGUGAUCUAUAUUGCAAAUCUUCCAGAACAUUUUCUGAGUAUGUGGGGAAACCUGUAGAAAUAGAAAUGGCUGCAUUGCAGAAUGGACAUAGGACAUACUGCAUCACAUCAAAUGUAAUCAGGCUGUCUUUUCCAGCUGCAAGAGAAGGUUCAUUUUAGUUAAAACCCCACCUGUAAUUACACUACAUACAGUACCCACCAUCCACAUCAACAUCUUAUAUGUAAAAAAAAAAAAAAAAACAC